UGGUACUGAAGGGCGUUAAUAAGGCAUCGGUUCCCAAAAUAUUAGAAAUGUCACCUGGUAAAAAACACCGUUAUAGUACUACGCCGUUGAAGUCAGUAGAUGAUUAUUACAAGGAGCACGUAAAGUCAUUAAUCGAAAAAGGAAAUAAUGAACAUAUAACAGAGUACCUUUCUAAGCAAUGUGAUGGGUGGAAACGAUUAUAUCCUAAAACCCAUGCUGUUUUACUUGCUCUGACUUCUGGUGCGGAAAACCCUGCAGAGAGUCAAUCUCAAUCUUCUGGUUCGGAUAGCACUGCAGUGAGUCAAUCUAAAUCUCGGAGAAAUACUGGAGAAAGAUCCCUAUCUGAUGUUACUGCAAUUGUUCAUCAGCUACCAGAAGUAUCUCUUAAUUCUCCAUCAACCAGUGGAAUGAAACUACAUCAAUCGAUUCAAAAUACAGAAAUAAACCGAAGCACCGCAGUUAGUGCAUCUGUUGAGAUUCCUGAACAAGAAGACACUAGCAAAAAGCGAUUUCAACCUCAGAGUUGCACAGGAAAAAAAUCUCGAUUAGAUACUGCUUCACCGCGUACACUACCUCUGAAUUCUCCUAGAACCAGGGCAAUAAUUCAAGAUGAUUUGAUUCAAGAUACAACGACAAAGUCAAGCACCGUAGUUACUGAACCCGUUGAGAUUUCUGGACUGGAAGGAGCUAGUAAAGUGCUUGCUGACCCUUCACUCUGUCAUGAGCCAUCACAAGAAUCUCUAAGCUCUUCAAUCUCUGGUAACAUGAGACCAGCGGAUUCAGCUGAAGAACUAUCUGCAAAAUCCAAUCCAGAAUCUAUUCCACUCGCGAAAAUGCCAUCGCAAGAAGCGAUUGUCCUAGCACGGGAUGAAUUUGUUCAAGAAUUAGAGCGCAUUCUUACGGAUUGCGAGAAUCAGAUGCCAGCAGGACCAGUGAGUGGACAUGAGAACGAUGAACUAAAUGCGUUCCUGACACAAUUCACAGAAAAAAUCCAAAAGUUUCGAGAAACUUUACAGAAAUCAUUGGCUGUAAUUUCCGAAAUGGAAUUAUCGCCAUUCCUAAAUAUAUCGAUAUUAUCAAUACUGCAAUUAAAUGUGCUUAAUUCGGGAAUUGAUGUCGAACAAAAGUGGUUAGAAUUCGCACAUUUACGUGAAGGAAACUCAAAUCUCGAUAUGACAAAUAUGACCCAUCAUUAUUACGGCUGCUGGUGUUAUUUCGGAGCGUAUCGGGAUGCAAGUGAAAAGUACAUUAAAACCAUUCCUAAAGAAUUUUAUCAUAGAGAACAUCAAAACUCUUCUGAAGUUCCCUGAACUUUUGUGCAUAAUUUUGUUGGAGGAUUAAGAUAUAUUGUAAGUUCUAAUUUGAUUUAGUUGUAAUAGUUGCUGUUUUUUAGAAUAUUUGCAUGCAAUAAAUAUUUUCUUAGAUCACA